ACCAUGCCGGCACGAAUGCCGAUCCCUCUACCCCUUCACAUGUCAAGCCCCUCGCCUCACGCAGCAUCACGGAUCGAGCAGGGAGGCGGAUGCUGAUGUACGGGUAAGCGCAUGCACCUGCAUCUUGUAGAGGGCGGGUAGUCACAGCACUCUGUGGAACGCCAUAGGUGGUGCCCUGCUCAAGAAGAUAUCUGAUGGUCCAUCAUGGAGACGCAAGCCGGCGACGAAUGGCUGGCAGCCUAUGCCACCUACAUUCGAAGCAACGCAGUCGCCUUGGCCGGGCAGUCGAGCUCGCAACAAGCCCGAGCCAGCACUACCAACAGCGCAACAUCUUCCAGUCCCUCCACCUUGUCCUGGUUGACGCUGCCAUCGGCUUCUUGGGUUGGCCUGCAAUCGGCCAGCAAUGCGCCCGAAGCUCGACAAAGAACCGCCUCAACCGCCUCUGGAAAUCAUGCCCCAUCUGACUUGCAGGCUUCGCGACCACGUGCUAAACCACAACCGACUCCAAAGGCGCUGCCUUUGAACACGCAUCAUCUGUACUACCUUUUGCUACGCUUCGAGGCGUUGGGUCUCCCGGUCGGAUCUUUGGACGUGAGGAUACCUCGAUCGGCCAGGCCUGUCAGCUCUUUCAGCUAUGUAUCGGCUCAUGCUCAGCGAGGUGGCAGAAAGCCUAGGGAUACCGAUACGAUGAGCGUGGGCAGCGUCAGGAGUGCUUUGACGGCGCUCAGCGGAGCCAGCACCUUGACUGGUUGGUGGUCGGGCAGCAGCGAAAAAGGUGAUCCCUUGAAGGAUGUCAAAUUCAUCUACUCUGCAUUCACCAAGGUGCCGAGGUUGCGGCUGGGGCCGCUCCCGAUCAAGCUGAUCGAGUCGUUCGAAGACUCGCCCGGCAGCUCUUUGGUGCCCCUAGACGUGUUCAAAAACAUUCAAACCUUGGAAUUAGACGAGAUCGACCCCAGCAGCCUACUCGGGUGGGACAGGCUCAGCAUCCAACUUCGCAGCUUGACGCUAAGAAACUCUGGGCUGGAAGAUGUGACGGAUCUGCUGGUGGAUGCGGUCAAGUUGGACGUGAGAAGACGCAGGGGGGAGCAGGUGAAACCUGCGCAGCGUCGCAUACACUCUCCUGCCCCAGUAGAUCAGCCACCAGUGGCGGACACGCGACAGCAGCCGGGAGACUCUCCACCCUCUACAGCGAGUUUGGGUGGUCUCUCGUCAGUUGAUGAUGCUCAUGCAUCUGGUCAAGCUGCUCUUCCUUUCUUGUCCUGGCACUUCUUGCGACAUCUCGCUUUGCCGGACAAUUCCCUGACUUUCUUCUCCCCACCUGCAGACCUGCUCUCAAAUCUCACAUCAUUGGAUCUCUCGUCCAAUCUGCUCAUCUCUGCACCCCCCUCAUUGAACCUGCUUCCCAAUCUGAAGCUGCUCAAUCUCGAGGGCAACCUGAUCGAGACCGUCUGGCACAUCUCUUUGGCGAUACCCAAUAUCGAAGCUCUUAAUCUUGCCAACAACAGAUUGGAGAGUCUUGCGGGAGCUGAGGACCUUAAAGAGCUGCGGCGAAUCGAUUUGCGCGGCACAGAGCUAGCGGAGGCGAGCGAGGUGGGACGGCUUGCGGUCUUGCAAAACCUCGAAGAAAUUUACACCAAGGGUGCUCUGUUCAUGGAAGACGCUGAUCCGCGCGUGGAUGUAUUUGUCGAAUUUGCGCGAGAGGGAAGGGAGAUUGCUCGGAUCCGACUGGACGGUGAGGCACCUGGCUACUUUGAGAAACAGCGCGUGGCGGAAAGAGUACCUACCAUGCUAGCUCGCAUAGGCCGCGAGUCUACGCCAGCUGCGGAGGAGCUCAGCGUCGAGGAGGCACCAGUACGCCUGGAAAGCCAACAGGCUGAGCCGCCUGUAGUGGCUGUGCGACAUCGCGUAAAGGAUCCGAGCACCGCAUCUGGCCUAGCUAAAGUUCAAAGCGCAGACGGGCACCGCCCCACCUCUCCCGCACCCGGCACGACGGCCAAGCGGAGGGCAAGGAGGAUAGUGGAGCUCGGCCAGGAAGAAGAAGUUGCGCCGCUGACAGCAGCGGCACUGCCCACUCCUACACCUCAAGAGAUCUCCGACUCUGAUCUAGUCAAGAGGGCAGCGUUGGCUGGCAAGCUCGACGUUGCCCUCGGCGAAGCGGAAAAGGCGAAUGUCAUCCCUAGCCCAAAAGGCAAAGCUAGACAGCUCGACGAUGUACCAAAUGAUCUGCCUGCCGCAAGACUGCAGGCGCGCACAAAUGGCAAUGACGGACCACGCGCAAGGCCUCAAUCGUUCCUUGCGCCUGGUACUGCGAGUAUUUCUCGCAAAACUGGUGCUGCCGCCGCAUUGCUGUCUCGCGAGUCGAGCGGAGAUGCGGAUGGUGCCGGUCGACCUCGCGUGCUGAGCUCCGCCUCCACACUGGGUGCAGCUAGCGCUUCAUCAUCGCGACACGCGGUUCUGCCAAGCAGGUCACAGACGCUACAGGGGCUCGCAGGCAUUUCGACCCAGGGGCUACCAUCGAGAGUAGCUGGGCGAUCCGUGGACGACGCUGCCAUACCUAGCGAUGCUUCUUCGCUCGAUGCCGAUAGAGUCGUGACGACUGCGCGCACAAGAGCUGGCGGACGCUUCGACGCCGCCUCUUUGACAGCUCGACGCAAAACGGUCACUGCAAGUCUUUACGACCCCAGUACGACUUCUUUGGGCAUCCCGGAGCCGAGCGGAGCGUCGCUUGAAGCAAGGUCUGAUGAUGCGCCUGCUUCCACAGGUCGCGUUUCGCAAAGCCAGUCAAAGAGCGCAGCUCAGACUGGCAAGGAUGAUUUUAGAAAACGUAUAGAGGCUAUGCGAGAUGGCAUGGGCGACGAGUGGCUCAGGGCUCUUGCGCGAGGGUCGGUCUAUCUAGACGAGAGCAGCGAGGGUUGAUUCUAGCGCCGGUGCCACGAGCUAAUCAGUCACGAUCCCCUCGUCACCUAGACUCAAAAGCUACUUUUUUUUUCGCGCAUAAUGAUACAUUUCUAUUUUGAUGCGGCGGGGGGC